CUCGCUAGCCAUUGCCAUCGGCUUCUUCUCUCCACCCUCCUCCACAGUCCACACUGGACCCAGGCCACAGGUCACAAUCAAAACCAACUCCGCUUCGCCUCGCCUUCCUUCUGGCUUAGGGUUUCAGUUUCCGAAUCUCUUUCCAAUGGCGUUUUCAGUUCAAGGCUUAGUCACAUCGUUUUCGGGCCUCCAUUCACGACGUUCUUCGCUCUUACCUUCCACUCCUCGUCCUCUACUCUCUAUUGCCAUUUUCCCCGAGAAUGGGCGGAAAAUUUUCAUCCGCCGUAAAAUCCGCGGGAAAGUGCAGGAGUUUGGAAUUUGUAGGGCAAUGGUGCAGCAGGCCGUGCAAGGAGCUUCGGCUGCCUACGCCAAGGAAAUGGAGAGGCUUUCUGCUAAGGAGUCGCUACUUCUUGCCUUUAAAGAUGCUGGGGGAUUUGAAGCUUUAUCAACUGGGAAAACUACAGACAUGCAGCAGAUUGAUGUGAAUGAGAGAAUAGUUGGCCUUGAGCGACUUAAUCCAACCCCUCGGCCCACAACGUCACCCUUUUUGGAGGGUCGGUGGAAUUUUGAGUGGUUUGGAUCCAGAAGCCCAGCAUUAUUUGCUGUCAGAUCUAUGUCUCAGACAUUUCCCUCCACAUUGGCAAAUUUGUCAAAAAUUGAUGUGGUGAUCAAAGAUAGCUAUGCCAACAUAACUGCAAUUAUGAGAGUCUUGAACUCGAUAGAAAGCAAAUUUGUUUUAUCUACUAAGUUAUCUGUUGAGGGACCACUUAGAAUGAAGGAGGAAUAUAUUGAAGGGGUUCUUGAAUCACCAAAAGUUAAUGAAGAAACAAUACCUGAACAGCUAAAAGGAGCAUUUGGUCAGGUAACUAGCACUGUACAGCAGCUUCCUGUUCCUAUCAGGGAUGCCAUGGCCAGCGGUCUGAAAGUUCCUUUGAAUGGGACUUUUCAGAGACUAUUUAUGAUCUCUUAUCUUGAUGAAGAGAUUCUGAUAAUAAGAGAUGGUUCCGGAUUACCCGAAGUUCUUACCAGAUUGGAUGCUGCUCCAUCUCUCUUGGCAGAGUCCGCGCCAGACUACGAAAGCUAAGUGCUCGCUCGCUCCCGCGGUCUUAAUUCGGAUUACUGUUUAUAUUACGACGCAGAGCUCCUUCCCACUUCCCUCCAAAAAGAAAAGAACCACCCCUAAAUCUCCUGACAUGUAUGAUAUUAAAUUCUUGCAUUACAUUGUAUCUAUAGUGGAGCUGAACUCUGAUGUCAAAAUAAGAGUUAGCCGAAGUUUCAUAGUUGGGAAAA